AUGGACCUAGAUUGUACAGCCAACUCCUCAGUUUCGGACUCUCAAUCAAAUGAACAUACCGUCGAAUCUAGUCCAACAGAAUUAGGCUAUGAAAAUACUAUAGGAACACCGACAGGAGUCGAACAUUACUCCGAUAUAUAUGACAACCGAUCAAAUAAAAUUGUGACCGAAGACCCUAGAAAUAAUUUGGAGUCGUCAGUGAAUGAAAGUGGCUACAGUUCCUACUGUAACUAUAGUUACAUAUCAACUGAAGAUGCAAUAACUAAACCUGAAGAAGGUGAAACUCAGUUUUGCGUCAAUGCAUGCCAUUCGAUCUAUACGAUUCCAUAUGUGCCAGAGAACUUAACUAACAACACUUGUUGUCAUGUAGAAUAUACAAGUGACAAUAACGAGACAGUCAACGCAGUAGCAUCCAUAGUUAGUCAUGGUGUUAACUCUUGCAGUUACAUCCCUGUUUCUAAUAUGGUUACUUCUGUUAUCAAUCACAAUCAUAUACCAACAGUUGCGAGUGAAUUCACCAAAAUCUUUAACUACCAGUGUGACACAAUAUCAACCCCAGAUAUAACAAGGAAGAAUGAUAAUCAAAGAAAUUUCAAAAGUGAUCCUGAAACGUUUUGGGUUAGUCAAAGUGAUGACAUUCAAAAGUCAGUUAUCAGAAGAACAGGUCAUCUAUCAAGCGAUAAACAAAAUGCGUUGGAUGGUUACGUAGACAGUAAAAAUACUCCUACUUCUACAGACCAACAAUUUUUACAGCAACAGGAGUGUUUAAACAAUUAUCGUGUCAAAGAGGACGAUUCCAAAGAGUCGUAUAAUUCAAAUUUUCCUGAAUUCGCGUACAACUUAGCGAAUACACAUUCUCAACAUUACACAACAAAGGAUUUUAAUUAUGCCAGAUCUCAGAAUUCUGUGAUAGACUGUAUCUCAUCAUACCAAGAUAGUUCUCAAACUUCUGAGAGCGUCAGUGCUUGUGUUAAAGGGCCAUCGUUUUAUUCUCAAACCCAUAACGUUUAUUGGCCUUGGGUUGACAGAUUUUACGCUGAAAAUUGUGCUUCGAAAUUAGGCUCAGUUUGUAAUUCGGAUGUUACUACUAAGGGACUGAUGAACUACACAAGUUCAUUCUCUUGUAACCCAAGCUUUGGUCAUCCCUACAAUUCACAGUCUUUAUUCAUCAGCGGUGCCGAUCUUUCUUACAUCGGUGAAAAGCCAAAUGAACAGUCUCAGUCUUCGAAACUUUCAGCAGUAAAUUUAUGUACAGGGGAAACUAUGUCUGCUUUUCAUUCUAUUGCUCAAAUGUCGAGUGAUUACUCUGGGACAUCUGUGGUUGCCGGUAAUAUACCGAAUGUCAUUUUAAUGAACGCACAAAGCAGUGGUGAUUUUUCAGCUCAGUCUAUCGAUAAUCGUAAAGAAUCUCAAGAAGGUGAGAAUAGCUUUAAUCAUAGUGAAAACUCAUGGCAACAAGAACUGAAUUCAGUCCAGCGUUCAUCACGCAAGAGAUUGUCAGAUAAACAGAGAAAGACUAUAUGUGUUUCGAUUCUUAACGAAAAUCAAACUGAAGAUUCACAUAUUCCUCAAGAUGAAAUUACGCACAAUUCCUCCACAUCUUUCGAUAUUUCAAGCCUUCACCGAGAAAAUGAGAUUUGUUUAGACCAAUCAGUCUCUGGAAAUAGCUAUGCAUGGGCUUCAAAAACUGAUAAACUGAAAUUUAAUUCCCGCUUAAGAUCAAAAAGAUAUUCCGACGCAAUAAAUUUAACACGAAAUAGACCAUUAAACCAAACUGCCUUGAGUGUGAUGGAAAGUUGGUAUACAAAUCAUGUAGAUAACCCGUAUCCUACAACAGCGGAGAAAGAAGAAUUAGCAGCACUUGGUGGAAUAACAGUCAUUCAAGUGAGCUCUUGGUUUGCCAAUCGCCGAACACGAACAGCAAACACCAAGCCAAAGAAGAAUCGAAGAAAGUUGUAUCAUCAAAUUUAUCAACUGGCCGUUGAAAUUGAAACAUUAACACAGGGAGCACUCCGAGCUUGUGAUUUACAAGAACGAAUUGGACAAAUUAUUGAUGAAUAUUUAACGUGAAUUUUCCAGCCUUCCUGUUAAUAACUUAAUUCUUGUUUAUAGUCAGUUCCUGUUAACUUUUUUGAAUCUCAGGUUCAUUUUUUGUUCUUGUUUAUUUUUACUUUACUUAUUUGGAAUUUUUUGUUUGUUUGUCAGAUAAUUCUUUUUCUUACUAAUACAGUUUUUUUUAUUGAAGUCUGCUUCUUUUUUGCUAAAUUCUGGGAAAAAUGUGAUCACCUUAAGCUUAUAGUAAUUUUGAUAUGUCACGUUCCUUAUUAAAUUAGCAUAUCAGAGUACUUCAUGGUUACGCCAACGUAGUUUAUAUGAGAGCAUUUAACUCAGAUCUAUUGAAUAGAUAAUAUAUGAAGCGAUCCGCUUGUUUGGUCAUAUUUUUACCGUUUCACAGUCUGUGGUAGCAAGUACGGCAGAUACGUGACUUGAUGGUUAAAUCAUUUACAAUCACUUUUUACUGAUUAAUUGUUGAAUAUUUUAACUAGAUACCGGGCUGUCCAAGUCAAUUAUAAGCAAGCAACCUCCAUUUGUUUAUUUGAACAAAACUUGGAAAUAUUUUCAGUAGUUAUUAUCUACUAAAGUACUCUUGUGAUAAAUACGUUGAGUUAGUCUUUGGAAUACUUAAGAUUAUUACGAAAACUUCAUUUGUGAUCAUCAAUAAUUUUUCCUUUUUAUUCCAUUUGUUAGAAUUACAAUUCAUGAUGGUCAGUUGACAGAUCAAGUUUAUCAGUCAUAUGUAAAAACAUAUGAAUAGUGUACUACUCUCCGAAGUUUGUUCUAAUGAUGUUAGCUAGCAAGGCAGUGAAAAGUUCAUGAAUAAACUACGUAACUCCACCAAACAGGAUUUAAUUUUCUGCACAGUACUUUGCCUUUUAUAUCACAAACGCUAACAUGAGUUAUCCACACUUCAC